AUGUCCUUGAAGACCCCAUUGACGAUUCAGCAGCUGUUCAUCUAUCCUGUCAAGUCUCUCCCGCCCGUCCAAGUGUCGUCGGUGGAGCUCACCAACGAGGGGCUGCGCUUUGACCGAUGUUUCGUCUUGGUGAAUCCGCCCAAGGACGGCUCCCGCUUGGCGAAGUUCCUCACGAUCAAAAAGCAGUUCAAACUCGCCCUGUUUAAACCCACAAUAGAUGACAGCUGGACGAAAUUGACCAUCCAUCAUACGCGGGCCACUCCUCCAUCCUCAGUCACUGUGCCGCUAACUCCAUCGCCACUAUCUCUGCUGGCGAACAAGACCUUCGAGGUCAGCAUCUUUGGGACAACCGCAAUAGGCAUCGACCUAGGAGACGAACCGGCAGCCUUCUUCUCCAAACACCUCAAUCAGGACGUCCGUCUCUUGUCCAUAGGGGGAACCGGCCGUCGGGACAUUCCUGGGGCAGCAUAUAUCCCCAGCCAACGCAGUGCCCUGUCUCUAGCUCUCCAAGAAGGCCUGCAACCCCAGCGCAUCCGGUUUGCCGAUGCUGCUCCAUUACUCAUCACCUCCACGGCAUCUGAGCAAGAUGCCCGCUCGCGUCUUCCCCCUGAGUAUCAAUACGAGGACGUGAUACUGCGCUUCCGACCCAACAUCCACGUUGAUGUCAAGGGUCAACUCCCAGCCUAUGAUGAGGACAACUGGUCCUCUCUCCUGGUUCGAUCACAGUCGGAUGAGGCACAGGAAGUCACCAUCAAGUGCAUCUUCAGGACGGUCCGCUGCCUCAGCUUAAACGCAGAUCCUGACACGGGGGAAAUGAUCCAUCGUGAUCGGCAGCUCUAUGGCUUACUGGCCAGCGACAGGAGGGUCAACGACAAGUUUCCUCAUAAGCCUGUAUUUGGUCAAUACGCCUUCGCAGGUCCUUCUGGUGCCAUUCUGCGCACUGGAGAUACCGUCUAUGUAACGGAAAGGAACCAGCGAAGCUAG